GAAUUUGUAAUCAUCGUUCCAUAGCAAUCGUGUAGCCCAAGUUUCCCGGCAACUUUAUGGCCCGAAUCCCCACCGGAGUUUUACUCUUUCUCUUAUUCCUUGCCGUAAUCGGUCUGGCAUCCGGUGGCCGGGACCUUCCCGGCGAUUUUCUCCGUUUGCCGUCCGAGGCAUUGAAUUUUUUUCGCGGAGCCGCCUCCGACUCUAGCGACGAGGACUCCGUGGGGACGAGAUGGGCUGUUUUGAUCGCCGGUUCGAAUGGAUACUGGAAUUACAGGCACCAGGCCGAUAUCUGCCAUGCUUAUCAACUGCUGCGGAAAAAUGGGCUAAAAGAAGAGAACAUCAUAGUUUUCAUGUACGAUGACAUUGCCUUCAAUCCAGAGAACCCAAGACCUGGGGUCAUCAUCAACCAUCCAAAGGGUUCUGAUGUUUAUCAUGGAGUCCCGAAGGAUUACACUGGUGAAGAUGUUAACGUGAACAACUUCUUUGCUGCCAUUCUUGGAAACAGAACUGCUCUUACAGGGGGUAGCGGGAAGGUUGUUGACAGUGGCCCUAAUGAUCAUAUUUUCAUAUACUACAGUGAUCAUGGUGGUCCUGGUGUGCUCGGGAUGCCUACUUAUCCCUAUAUUUAUGCUGACGAUCUUAAUGAAGUUCUAAAGAAGAAGCACGCUUCUGGAUCCUACAAAAGUCUGGUAUUCUAUCUCGAAGCUUGUGAAUCAGGAAGUAUCUUUGAAGGCCUUCUUCCUGAAGGUUUGAACAUUUAUACAACGACUGCAUCAAAUGCUUAUGAGAGCAGUUGGGGUACUUACUGUCCAGGGGAUUAUCCUAGUCCUCCACCAGAGUAUGAUACUUGCUUGGGUGACUUGUACAGUGUUGCUUGGUUGGAAGACAGUGAUAAUCAUAAUUUGAAGACAGAAACUUUACGCCAGCAAUAUGAACUGGUGAAGAAAAGGACGCUAAGUAGCGAUAAUGUAUAUGGUUCCCAUGUCAUGCAAUAUGGUGACCUAACGCUCAACAAGAACGCUUUGUUCUCAUAUCUGGGUACUGAUCCUGCGAAUGAGAACAACACUUUUGUCGAGGAAAACUCCUUGAGGCCAGCUACAAAAGUCACCAACCAGCGUGACGCUGAUCUGGUCCACUUUUGGGAGAAGUUUCGUAAAGCUCCAGAAGGCUCCCUCAAGAAAGUCGUAGCUCAAAAGAAGUUUGUGGAAGCAAUGUCCCAUAGAGUUCAUAUCGAUAACAGCGUGAAGCUAAUCGGAAAGCUGUUAUUUGGAAUUGAAAAAGGUCCUGAGGUGCUUAAUGCCAUCCGUCCCACAGGACGACCCCUUGUUGAUGACUGGGACUGUCUUAAGAAUAUGGUUAGGAGCUUUGAGGCACGCUGUGGAUCUCUCUCCCAGUACGGAAUGAAACACAUGAGAUCCUUUGCAAACCUAUGCAACGCUGGAAUCAGCAAGGAGCAGAUGGCAGAGGCAUCGGCGCAAGCUUGCAUGAGUGUCCCUCCGGGCCCAUGGAGCUCUCUGCACAAGGGCUUCACUGCAUGAUGAAGAAGCCAAGCCACUCAUCCAAUUUGGAAGUACGUUUCUCCCACCAUUGUUUAUAUCAUCUAUGUUCAAUUUAAAUGGGCCUGUUGAGUACGAGUUAUUUGUAAAUACAACUACAGGUCUCGUGUAAGGGGAAAAAAAACAUAUAAUUGAAAUGUGUAACUGAAGUACUUUUAGAUAUGGUCUUUCAAAAAUCACUGUAUGCAUCUGUUUAUAAAAAGAAAGCUCUCCGGUAUUGGCAAGAA